AUGGCGAGUCCCACUAAUGAUGCAAAAGCGGCGACUAAGAUGUUCAGCUCCAUCAUCUUUCCGAGAUUUGGAGUGCCUCGAGUGGUCAUUAGCGAUGGUGGAACACACUUCAUCAACAAGGCAUUUCAGGGCUUCUUAAAGAAGAAUGGAGUAAGGCACAAGGUGGCGAUCGCUUAUCAUCCACAGACGAGUGGACAGGUUGAGGUUUCCAACAGGGAGAUCAAGAGCAUUCUCCAGAAAACUGUCAACACCUCACGAAAGGACUUGUCACUUAAGAUGGACGAUGCCCUAUGGGCCUACAGAACGGCCUACAAAACGCCGCUAGGGACCACCCCCUAUCACCUGGUCUACGGUAAGGCGUGUCACCUUCCUGUCGAACUCGAAUACAAGGCUGCAUGGGCAGUCAAGUUACUGAAUUUCGACAUCAAGCCAGCAACUGAAAGGCGCAUGAUCCAAAUCCAUGAGCUGGAAGAGAUAAGGCACCUCGCCUAUGAAAGCUCCAAAAUUUAUAAAGAAAAGACCAAGGCCUACCAUGACAAGCGAAUCAUUUUCAGACGUUUCAAACCCAACGAUAAGGUCUUGUUUUUCAAUUCAAGGCUGAGGUUGUUCCCAGACAAGCUGAAGUCUAAAUGGUCCGGACCCUUCACUGUUAAGGAAGUUCGACCCUACAGAGCUGUUGUGUUAUUGGACAGAAAAGGAGAUGAGUUCGUAGUGAAUGGACAGCGCUUAAAGCAUUACCUUGCUGACUCCACUAUCGCAGAGGGCGAAAAAAUUCCCCUAAGCGCUCCCCCAUCAGCCUGA